CAAUAAAGUACUGAUUACUCGCGCGUGCAUCUUUCAUUUUGACGACAAAAAUGAAGCUAUCUCUUUUUGAAAACGUAAAAAAAGUAUUAUUAGUCGGAGAGGGAAAUUUUUCAUUUGCUGUCACUUUGGUCAAGCACAAAGUCAAUGUCGACAUUACUGCUACUUGUUAUGAAAAAGAUAUUCGAGAAACUGGAAAGAAAAACAUAGAAUUUUUACAAAAAAAUGGUGUUCAAGUAUUUUUAGGAGUUGAUGCAACAAAAUUACACGAUCAUAACAUAUUAAAUAUCUUACAAUUUGACAUUGUAGUUUUUAAUUUUCCUCAUGUUGGAGGUAAAAUGAGAAUUGAAAAAAAUAGAGAAUUGUUAAAACAAUUUUUCAUUUCCGUUAAAUUUGUAUUGAACAAAGAUGGUAAAGUUUUUAUAAGUUUGUGUGAUGGGCAAGGUGGUACACUUGCAGAUAAGUCCAGAAGACAAUGGAAUGAUUCAUGGCAAGUAACAGAAAUGGCAGCACAUGGUGACUUUAUAUUAGUGGCAGUUGAAUCAUUUGAUUCAAAAUUAUUUGAAACUUACACAGUAACUGGUUACAGAAGUUUAGAAAAACAGUUCAAUACUGAAGGAUCAAUGACCCACAUCUUUGCAUUAGCUGAUAGACCUUGCAAAUUUAAUAUUUCUCCUAAUCGUAAAAUUAAUUUACAAUAUUUUCAUAACAAAGCAAUGAGUUACCAAGAAAUGUUGUCAAAAAUUGACAAUGUUAAUUUUCAGGAACAUUUGUCAAUAUAUCCUAAUACUUAUAAAUUUGACAUAACAUUUGCUAUUAAUUCAAAAUUCAGUGCUGCUAAAUUGUAUGAAACUUUAUACAAUCACGCCGGUCUGAUAAUUAAUAAUGUUGAAUUUUUAUAUAGUUUCAAAUCUGACUUAAAAGCAACUAAUACUUUUAGAAUAACUUAUAAAACCACGAAAUUUGCAAUGCAUAGAAAAAUAGUAAUAGAUUUGCAUGAAAAUAUAAUAGCAGAUCUGAUAGAAAAUGCCUUGACUGUAACUGUUUCAAGAUAGCAUAUUAUUUUAAUUACAUAUAUAAGUGAAUAAAUAAUAGCUCAAUGCAUCACAGAUGCAACCUGUUUUAAGAUGGUCAUGUUUAUCCAGAAUAUAUAAAGCAUUUGAGAAUGAUACCUUCCAGAAAAACAUAUUUCAAUCAAAGAAAAGUCAUAUUAGCAAUUGUUAUAUAAGUAAGUUUUUCCACAAUAUCCAUGUAGCAAGAAAAGAUGAACAAGUUGCAACUGCUUUGAGAACCAAAAAAGCGAAAUCCAAGAGAGACGCAAUGCAAUAUUUUGUAGACAUGAAACAAGUAAGAAUUACUGCAGGUAAUGGAGGUGAUGGAGCAAUUUCAUUUCUUCGUUUAUGGGUAAAUGAUAGAGCAGGUCCAGAUGGUGGUGACGGUGGACAUGGUGGUCACGUUAUAUUUGAAGUAUCAUCUAGUGUUAAGGAUUUGUCGCACGUGGAAAGUAUCAUUCAGGCUCAAAAUGGAGAAAAUGGAGGCAACAAAGACUGUUUUGGGAAAAAUGCCAAUCACACUAUCAUAAAAGUACCCGAGGGCACUAUAAUUCGUGACAUAGAUGGAACAAUUUUAGCAGAUUUGGAUGAAAUAGGAAUGAUGUAUAUAGCAGCUAGAGGUGGCGCGGGAGGUCAUGGUAAUGCAUUUUUUAAAAGUAAUCUAAAUCAAUCACCUAAAGUAUCCGAAUACGGUGCCAAGGGUGAAAGUAAACAAUAUGUGCUAGAGAUUAGAAGUAUGGCUCAUGUUGGACUGAUUGGUCUUCCAAAUGCAGGAAAAAGUACGCUACUCAGAGCGAUUACACGUGCACGGCCAAAAGUUGCAGAAUAUCCAUUCACAACUUUAAAACCACACAUUGGAAUAAUUCCAUAUGAUGAUUAUGAACAAGUAGCCGUGGCUGAUUUGCCUGGUUUAAUACCAGAUUCUCAUAAGAAUAAAGGACUUGGUAUAACGUUUUUGAAACAUGCCGAGCGCUGUGCUGCAUUAAUGUUCAUAAUUGAUGUUACACAAGAUGAACCAUGGAUGCACUUAAACGUUUUGGAGUAUGAAAUCAGUCAGUUCAACGAUAAAUUAAACGAACGUCCUAAACUUGUUAUUGCAAAUAAAAUGGAUCUCCCUAGAGCAGAGGAAAAUUUAAAACUCCUAAAGGAACAAAUAGAUUUCCCUAUUAUACCUAUUUCGGCGAAAAUGGGAAAAAAUAUUUCAACGUUGUUGAAAGAAAUUCGGAUAUUAUAUGAUAAUAAUUUAAAGAAAUCUAAGGAAAACAAAGAUUUAGAAGACGUAUAA